AUGAGUUUCAUCAAAAGUGUCUUCUCCAUCGCCCGCAGCGGCGCCGUCAAGGCCAAGGCCAAGGGCAAAGCGCGGCCCGUCACUUCCGGGCUGAAGCAGAUAAACAUUAGAAAUGCUGAGAAAGUUAGCACAAUAAAUAAAGCAUUUGCUGAAGUGCAGAAAGAAGUACAGCAGCUAUCAAAAGGCACUGCAGCGGAACCUCAGAAGACUCAUCAGGUUUCCACACACCUGGAAGAGGAACCAGCAAACGUGGAUGCUGCCACAAGUCUAUUAUCUCAGUUGUAACACGUAAUGGACACCGAAGGGAUUGCAAGAAAUUAAGAUCAAAAGUACUGAUGGCUUUGUUUGUACAAUUUUAUUAAAAAAAUCUUGUUAAUAUACAA